AUGGCUGGCUUAUCCGUCCUGCCAGAUCGCCUAAAGCGGAGCAUCUUCAGCUUUACAUGGGAAGCUAUCAGGCAUAGAGGAGAGAAAGUUGAUUGGGUUUCUCUUGUCUGGUUUAAAGGUCAUACUCCAAAGCACGCCUUUCAUAUGUGGGUUACUCAACAGGAUAGGUUGCCUACUCGCGCACGGCUUGCUACUUGGGACCCAUGUAUUGAUGCAUCUUGCCUUCUUUGUGAUGGAUGUGCUGAGACAAGAGACCAUUUAUUUCUGAGAUGCAGCUUCAGUGAACAAGUCUGGCACCUUGUGACCAAACGUCUAAGCUACCGGCCUACUCUGUUCCAUACUUGGACAGCCUUUGGUGACUGGCUUAGUUCAUCAGACUCCACAUGCCCUACAACGCUCCGUUGGCUUGCUGCUCAAGCAACAAUCUACCAGCUCUCGGCAGAACGCAUUAAUAACCAUCUUCACAACACAACCUCUUCUACGCCUCAAAAGAUCCUCAAUGACCUAGACAGGCUAAUACGUAACUCAAUCCUUGCAAGGAAAAAGCGAAGGAAAUUCAGAGGUCUCAUGCAAGUUUGGCUAAAGCAUUUUUGA